GUUUCCGUACGUCUUUCAUAAACCAAAUUGACACGGAAGUCCCGCCCCUUUCACCCCUCGCUGGCAAGUUGUGCUCCUGUGUUCAACCAACACAGCAACAUGCCUCGUAAAAUUGAAGAAAUCAAAGAUUUCCUGCUCACGGCCAGGAGGAAGGAUGCUAAAUCCGUCAAGAUCAAGAAGAACAAGGACAAUGUGAAAUUCAAGGUGCGCUGCAGUAGGUACCUGUACACUCUGGUCAUCACCGACAAGGAGAAGGCCGAGAAGCUCAAGCAGUCACUUCCCCCAGGUUUGGCUGUAAAGGAACUGAAGUGAAGACCAUCCAAGUGUACAGAAAACGUGUUGUAAUAAAAGU